AUGUCGGCGGCCGGAGCGACUCCUUUGGCCGUUGCACCAAUCACUGCCGGACCCACCACCACACGCCGUCGUGUCGGAGAUUCCUUAGAAACCACCUCCGAACGACCCUCUAUUUCCUCCGAUUACUGCAACACAGUCAACAUCACCGUCUCUCCUGAUUUAGACGACGGAGAUACCAUUUUACAAGGCGGCGCGUGUUCUUCACCUUCCUCGAUGGGUUCUUCGUCUAGCGGAUCCCAUUACCACCACGAUCAUCACUACCAUCAUCAUCACCCGACGAUUCGGUACCUUCUUCUCCGUAAACUACGUUUGCCGUUUCUAUGUGACGGUGGUGGAUCGACGGUUGUUGUGGGUCAAGGGCUAUGUUCAGGGAGAAACGUGGGCCGUCGGAUCUUGGGUCUUCUCAUGAUUCUCGUCGUUGCUUCGCUUUUUCUUAGAGUUUCUCUUAUGAGUGGUCGAGUCGUUGACCAAGCGCAUCGUAGGGAUUUGAAUGAGCUCGUUGUUGUACGGUCUUUACAUGAAGAUUGGUCUAUGGCUCAACGCGCAAUGACCGAGAAUGUUGCUUCUUCUCAACCAAUGCUCGUCCUUGAAAAGCUUCCCAUUCCGAAAAUAUGGCAGAAGCCUGAAAGUGGAAAUUUUCGCCAGUGUGUGGCGCGUCCUAGGAACCGUUCAAGGCUGCGUAGGAAAACCAACGGUUAUCUUCUAGUACACGCGAAUGGCGGAUUGAAUCAGAUGAGAACCGGGAUAUGUGACAUGGUUGCUGCUGCAAAGAUUAUGAAUGCAACUCUUGUUCUUCCUCUCCUCGACCAUGAAUCUUUCUGGACUGACCCGAGCACUUUCAAAGAUAUUUUUGACUGGAGACACUUCAUGAACGUAUUGAAAGAUGACAUUGACAUUGUCGAGUACUUGCCUCCUCGGUAUGCUGCCAUGAGACCUCUCCUCAAGGCUCCUGUUUCUUGGUCCAAGGCUAGUUACUACAGAAGCGAGAUGUUACCGUUGUUGAAAAAACAUAAGGUGGUAAAGUUCACACACACCGAUUCACGACUGGCCAACAAUGGCUUGCCACCAUCAAUCCAACGGCUGAGAUGCCGUGCUAAUUACCAGGCAUUAGGUUACUCCAAGGAGAUUGAGAAAUUUGGGGAAGUUCUGGUUAACCGGUUACGAAACAAUAGUGAGCCCUUCAUUGCUCUGCACUUGAGAUACGAGAAAGAUAUGCUUGCGUUUACAGGAUGCAGCCACAAUCUCACAGCUGGAGAAGCUGAAGAGCUGAGAAUCAUGAGGUACAAUGUUAAGCAUUGGAAGGAGAAAGAGAUUGACAGCAGAGAGAAGCGGAUCCAAGGCGGUUGUCCAAUGUCUCCCCGGGAAGCAGCCAUAUUUCUUAAGGCAAUGGGAUAUCCGUCCUCCACGACUGUAUACAUAGUUGCUGGUGAAAUUUAUGGAGGAAACAGUAUGGAUGCUUUCCGGGAAGAGUACCCAAACGUCUUCUCUCAUUCAACUUUAGCUACUGAAGAAGAGUUAGAGCCCUUUAAACCAUACCAGAACCGACUAGCUGCGUUGGAUUACAUUGUGGCCCUCGAAAGCGACGUUUUUGUGUAUACAUAUGAUGGAAAUAUGGCUAAGGCGGUACAAGGACACCGGAGAUUCGAAGGGUUUAAGAAGACAAUCAAUCCAGACAGGUUAAAUUUUGUUAGACUGAUUGAUCAUUUCGACAACGGUAUCAUGUCUUGGGGUGAGUUUUCUUCAGAGGUGAAGAGAUUACAUAGAGGCAGGAUAGGAGCGCCUUACGCGAGACUUCCCGGUGAGUUCCCUCGGCUAGAAGAGAAUUUCUAUGCAAAUCCACAACCAGAUUGUAUCUGUAACAAGUCACAACCUGAUCAACUCGGGAAAUCAAGCCAAAGAACAGAGUCAAGAUAG